AAAACUUAACAGCCGUUUUGAUUGAACAAUAUUAUUUACUGCAUUCAAAAUAAAUGCAAAGGCAUAAUUUUCGUUGUAUGACAUUAUUUUUAUUCCUUAUCCUUUGACAAACAGUAGUCCAUGUUCUGUGGUGGUGGAGACGGGAUCUGUUCCUCUUGCUAUAUCGUAUAUGGUGGCCUUGAUCAGAUAAGAUCAUUAGAUCAUAUUUGACCUCAUAUCUGUCACAUUGACAGCAUUUUGGAAAUUAAACAGCUGUUUGCAGUCAGAGUUUGCGUUAGUUCUUCAUUAAAAAAAAAAGUUAAUAUCCACCAACAGCUGCUGCGUGUCAGUUGUGUCUAAUAGAGCAGACGCGAUAACAAUGAUGCUGACACGUGAAAUAUCAUAAUUUAUGUAAAAUCCUGAGUUUUUCCAGAUGCAACGAUCUGGUGGAAAUUUAAAGAAGCCCUACUCUCCAAUAAUCUGUGGGAAACGGGGUGUUUCAACCCCACAAACAGCACUUUUUGGGCAGUUUCAGCGCAAUUUGAGCGAAGCGUCCAUAGACAGCAGCUCUUUUAUGGGCAACAAAAGAACCAGGAAGUGUUUGUUUUGUAAACAGUAACAAUGGGAUUAAAUCCACUACGUCAUCGCGCUACAGUCCGCAGCGAGGACAGUCUCAGAAAGUCUCUCAGUAUUUGAUGUGUCCUGAUAGAACACCGACACAGCGCGAUCAUGACAGUUCUUCAGGAGAUCACAGGAUGGGCUGCAUAUAUGAUAUUGUGCCUGCUGUUUGUUGUUUUUAUCGCAUUUGUUGCAUACUGUCUGUAUAUUAGACAUGUUCAUCAGAAAUAUGAUCAUAUACCUGGGCCUCCAAGAGACAAUUUUCUGCUGGGACAUACACCAACUUUUAUUAAAGCAACAAAAUCGGACCGCAUUAUUCACGACUUACUUCUGCAAUGGGCAGAGAAAUAUGGCCCUGUCUACAGGCUAAACAGCUUUCAUUUUGCGGUGGUCAUGGUUUAUUGCCCUGAGGCUACAAAGACAAUCCUGAUGUCACCUAAGUAUCCCAAAGAUCCCUUUGUCUACAAACGUCUCUUUAGCUUGUUUGGGAAAAGGUUCCUGGGAAACGGGCUAGUGACAGCUGCGGACCAUGACGUGUGGUACAGGCAACGACGUAUCAUGGAUCCAGCCUUUAGCAACUCAUACUUGCGAGGCUUGAUGGGCACUUUUAAUGAGAUGUCAGAACGCCUGAUGGACAAACUCGAGGAGAAAGCUGAUGAGAAAACACCUGCCAUCAUGCACAGCCUGGUCAACUGUGUCACACUGGAUGUCAUUGCCAAGGUGGCUUUCGGUGUUGACUUGAACCUGUUAAAGGAAUCUGACACCCCCUUCCAGAGAGCAAUAGAGCUAUGUUUAAAGGGCAUGAUAUAUUAUAUCAGAGACCCAUUUUUUACACUUUUCCCCAAGAACUGGAAGAUGGUCGAACAAUUUAAAGAUGCAGCUGAACUCCUGCGUAAAACGGGAGAGAAAUGGAUACAAAACAGGAAAACAGCCGUGGAAAAUGGUGAAGAUGUCCCCAAAGAUAUUCUGACCCAAAUCCUCAAAACAGCAGAGGAGGAAAAAGCAAACAAUGCAGAAGAUCACGAACUGAUGCUGGACAAUUUUGUAACUUUCUUUAUUGCAGGGCAAGAGACAACAGCCAAUCAGCUCUCAUUUGCAAUCAUGGAAUUAGGGAGACACCCAGACAUAUAUAAACGUGCUAAAGCAGAAGUGGACGAGGUCCUUGGGACUAAAAGGGACAUUUUGUAUGAAGACCUUGGAAAACUCACUUACUUAUCUCAGGUGUUGAAGGAGACUUUGCGUCUGUACCCCACUGCUCCAGGAACAUCUCGCUGGCUGACUGAGGAUAUGGUUAUUAAUGGGCUGAAAAUCCCAGGAGAAUGUACUGUUGCUUUCAGUAGUUAUGUCUCCUCAAGAAUGGAAAAGUUUUUCAAAGAUCCAUUGAAAUUUGAUCCAGAGAGAUUUGAUGUGAAUGCCCCAAAGCCUUAUUACUGCUACUAUCCAUUUGCACUUGGACCACGAUCCUGUUUAGGACAGGCCUUCUCACAGAUGGAGGCAAAAGUUGUGCUUGCCAAACUGCUUCAAAGAUUUGAUUUCAGUCUGGUUCCUGGACAGUCAUUCGACAUUAAAGACACAGGAACUCUGCGGCCCAAGAGUGGAGUGAUCUGCAACAUCAAACACUGCACACAGGACAUCUUCUAGGCCCAGGAUCUGAAUAUUUUGUGACAACUCUUAUGUACUGAUCUGUCUGCCAUCAAAUUCAUGUUCAUUCUUCAAAGAUAAACCUGAACACAGAGGUUUUAACAGCUUAGUUUAUGAUACUCCAUGUGCACUCUUUCAAUUAUUGUGGUUUUUAUGUUUUUAUCUGAAGUCUAAUUUGAUAUACCACCAGUCAAAAGUUUGGACACACUUGACUGUCUGAAAUUAUAUUUCUCAUGAUCUUAAAAUAACUUUUAAGUGUGUGUGUGUGUGUGUGUGUGUAUGUGUGUGUGUGUAUAUAUUAGAAAAAUAUAUCUUAAGGCUUAUGCUUACAGUAAAUGCUCACUAUGACAUGAAUAUGUCUAAAUACUCUCUGGUUGAAAGACAACCCAGAGAGUGCAGAGCUGGAAUCUCGACAAAAGGUGGUUACUUUAAAGAAGUUUCAAAUUUGAUUUGAUUUGGUUACUAUGUACUGUAAUUCCCAUAGUAUUAUUAAAUAGUCUUGAUGAUAA